AUGCUUGUUGAGAUGAUACUAGUUCGAAAAUUUGCUGUGUGUGUUAAUUAUCGUGUUUCAGAUAUGAAAGUACAACUACAAGUAGAGUGUAAGAUGCGUAGGACCCACAAAACGCAUCACGACAACGACCAACACCUGUGUACAAAAAUCCCUUGCUUACUUAAGCUUCCGAAGGGAAAGAUUAGAAUAUUGUCGAUGCAGCCUCACUGUUGCACGGGCAGCUCCGAUUACUACUUAGUACUUACCAACCGCAAGUCUGGAGUUUGCUUUCCACCUUGUUCGCGCUCUCUGAAAUAUGUCGAGACUUCGGCGCAAGGGGUUGUACUUGUAUUCUCUUUUUUAUCAUUCGUUUGCUCGUUGUCGUUAUUUCGCGUCACCGGGAGGAUUUGA